ACCUAGAUAAAUAGAUUAUAUGUCGCGAAAAACCCGUGAAUUUGAUUUUAUUCUCUUAUUCUGAGAUUGGAAGUCGGCAAUAGCAAUGAGGACUCUGCAGCUUUGUUUAAGUAUUUACGUGGUCAUUUUGUUUUGUACUGGUGGUGAAACAACGACUACUAAAAUUUUAAGAAGUAAGAAAUCAACGAUUGGUCCUGUAUUUGUGACAGUCACCCCGAAACCAAACCAACUCUUUCAACGGCAAGUUUUGAUCAAAUUCAAGGGACCUCCAGAUACAUCAGUUAGUUUUGAGGGACGAAAUAUUACAAAAGUUCAAGAUUCGGAUGGAGAGUUUGUAUCUGAGGCCGAGUUUUAUUCGCGAUCCGAUACAAAAUUCCUUUAUUUUGACACCACUUCUGAGAUGUUAGGGUUUGGAGUUGAUCAGCCUGGACAUUACGAACUACAUCCCAGCUGUAACGUAAAUAUCAACUCUACCGAUGUUGGAGAGUUAACAACAUACACCAUUCAAGUAACAGAAUGUCAGGAAAGAACCUAUGGACGUCUUACACGUGUGGUGUCGAGGAAUGGAGAAAUCGUCGUUUCGGAUGAUAAUCUAAAAAUAGAAGGAAACCAGGAGGUUUUGCAGGGAAAUGCAACGUCAGUAAGCUUCAACAGAUCCCGAGUGAUGAACGAAGAUGAAAAAUUAAAAUAUUUAAUUCUUGAAUUAGUAGUUUUUCCAAAAGAAACCUUUUCAAGUCAGAUUUAUCGACCUAGGUAUGAAUGGCGUUAUACCAUCAUCGGGUCAUCUAAAGAAGAUGUAGUUCGUUAAUUAGAAGGGAUACCUUGUAAGCUAUUAUAGCAGAACAAACCAUGUACACGUGAUGUUAUUUACCUGAAAUAAAAACUAAACCGGGUA